AAUCAGAGUGUUUCGAAUUUCUGACAAUAAAUGUAAAUUAUUCAGAAUACCAUUGAGAAAAAAGUUUGAUGCUGAUGAUGUAGUUUGUUUGUGAAUUUUGCUGAAACGUCAUUUGAUUCAAAACAAAGUUUGAACAUAUUCAACAUAGUCAGUUCAGUUGUGAGCUUUUUAGCACAUGAGAAAAAAAAUGAUAAAAAUUUCAAUAUUUUUAAUGAUUUUCACAUUAAAAUCGGUUUUUCCACAUUUACCAACCCGAAAACCAUGUCAGUUGCGAAAAUUUAAUGCUGGUUAUGUUUGUGUGUGUACGAAUGAUUUUUGUGACACUUUGAAUAUUCCGAAUAUGGACAAUGAAAAUGAAUGGUUGUUGGUGACAACGACAGAAUCAGGUCAACGUUUCAAUUUUUCAUUUGGCAAAUUCAAUUUACAGCAUGACAAUCCGAGCAAAACUUUUAUGGAAAUUAAAAAAAAUGCGUUACAUCAUGAAAUUAUUGGUUUUGGUGGUUCAGUAACUGGUGCUGUAUCGUUCAUUCUCAACAAGCUGCCAACACAUCUGCGUGAAUGCAUUUACAAGAGCUACUACACGAACGAUGAUGGGCUUGGCUAUACUUUGAUGCGAAUGCCAAUUGGCGGUUGCGAUUUCGAUGUGGAAGCAUGGACAUAUAACGAGCUACCUUUGGACGAUUUUGAACUAACCAAUUUUACAAAGUUGCAUCCGAAGGAUACUCUUCGAACCGAACUAAUUAAGGAAUUAAUGAAUGUAUCGCAAAACUUCGAUAUUAAAAUAGUUGGCGUUGCAUGGAGUCCACCACGAUGGAUGAAGGAGAGAGGCGAGUGGUCAGGACAGAAUAGCAAUCGCUUGAAAGUUGAAUAUUGGCAAACAUGGGCAGACUAUCAUGUCAAAUGGCUCAACCUUAUGCAAUCGGCUGCAAAUUUAUCCAUUUGGGCCAUAUCAACAGGAAAUGAGCCAUUUUUUGCCAAUUUUACACCAUUUUUGGGACUUACGUGGUCCGCAAAUUCCCAAGCGGUUUUCAUUGAAAAACAUUUGGGGCCCACAUUGAAAAAUUCCAAACAUUCUUCGGUGCAAAUACACGCAUUUGAUGAUAAUCGUGACGUCCUGUCAUCAUGGCUGGACGAAAUGCAAGCAUCGGCUGCGGGCGCCUUUGAUUACGUUUCAGCGUUCGCUGUUCAUGGAUAUUUUGACAAUGUCACGUCACCAACAAUUUUGGAUGCAACAAAAGCGAAAUACUCGAAUAAAUCCAUUUUAUAUACAGAAAUGUGUUUCGGCGUUGAGGGCCCAUUGAGUUCAACUGGUCCGACUUUAGGAUCUUGGCUACAUUUCGAAGAAUUGACCAAUAUGUUGAUGGAAACUUUGAUGCAUAAUGUAAAUGGAUUUUUGGAUUGGAACAUCAUUUUGGAUAUACGUGGAGGGCCUAAUUACAUGAAUAAUGUUGUUGAUGCGAUGAUUAUUGUUAACGACGACUUCACCGAAAUAUAUAAACAACCAAAUUUUUACGCGGCUGCUCAUUUUACAAAAUUCAUUUUGCCCGGCUCAAAACGUAUUGAAGCACAUGUUUCGGGGGAUAAUGUGGACAAUUUAAGCUCAUUAGCAUUCCUUAGGCCAGAUCGAAAAGUGGCAAUUAUUUUCUAUAAUAAGCAUACACUUUACACCAUUUCUCUACGAAUUUAUGACGAAUCCAAAGGAACAAUUGAUCUUCAAAUCAAACCAAAAUCUCUUAAUUCGUUAAUUUAUUCCAUCUGAUAAGAAUUAAAGACAAUAAAGAGACAAUACAGCAAUAA